AUCGAAAUAAGGAAGAUAUUGCUACUUUGGUGUCACGUUGCGCAAACUUCCAGCAAAAUAUAGUUUCCACUUUAAAGGAUGUUACCAAGCAAGAUAUCAUCUUCUGUGAUCAGUUUCAAGCGAUCAAUGUCCUGGAUCGCCUGCAUGUAGCGGUGGGUCUGCGGCUUCCAGUGUACCUUAUCACCUGCCGUUCUGUUUCCUGCUUGUCGCUAAACGGCUUUGAAAAAGGACUAAACGAGCUUCAUGUGCCUGGGUUUGGGAUCAGAGUUGUUCUCUCACGAUGGUUGCCCGAAGGUUAA